GCCCCAGCAGUAGAGGUGUUCUGCUCUGGCUGUACUAUCGUCUCAAGUGUCUCUGCUCCAUCUCUCUCUCACUAUGUCUGUCCAGCUGGUUGUAGCUCUCCUGGCUCUAGGUUUUCUGAGUGCUGCAUCUGCACCGGUCUGUAAAGAACUGGUCAAACCCCUGGUUCUGGAGGACCAUACUGAGAUCUAUGGCAAAUGGGUGUAUGUGAUGGGGUCUGCGGAUCAUUCAGUCUUCCAAAACGCUUUGGGGACUCUGAAAAGCUCCUGGAUAGACCUUUCGGCUACAUCUGACCAUCAAGUAGUCACAUUACGUUGGGGAGACCGCAUUGAUGGCAAAUGCGUCGUGGGUGCAACAAAUGCUACCAUCUCCGGCACAACCUCCACAGUUCACAUUCAUUCGUCUGAACACAAAGGUCAGUACCUGGAGACCUGCCCUGACUGCCUGCAAUGGUCAGACACCUCUCGUAGUGGAGACAUCACUGGCAGAUACCUGCUCCUGUUUACAAGGUCAGGGAAAAUGGAUCUCACAUACUUGGACACCUAUAAGAAACAGGCAGAGUGCCUGAACUUCCCAGAGACACAUCACACCUAUGAUGGAGAAACAGAGCUGUGCCCUGAUGACAAGGAGAAGGUGGUGGAAAAGGAUACAAUGGAGGAGAAGCCGACUACAGUGGAGAAGACUACAGUGGAGGAGGCGACUAUGGAGGAGAAUCCGACUACAGAGAAGACUACAGAGGAAGAGAAGACUAUGGUGGAGGAGACUAUGGAGGAGAAUCCGACUACAGAGAAAGAGAAGAUUACAGAUUGAGCAAGAGAACCAGAUCCUCACUGUUUUGCCCAACAAAAACAUCCCUUUAGUGGAACUUUGAUCCCAGAACUAUCUAACCAAAUACGACACAUACUUUCAUUCACUUUAAAUCAUGUCUUACAUACACAUGAUGAUAUUACCAUGUAAUGUUAAAAAAUGCUAACGUUUUACCUUGAAUUGUUUUCAUGUCUUUUUACUGUUUAUUUGAUAAACACAGUGAUAACAGUUCAAAUAUAACUGUUCAAACAGACAUUUAAAUAAAGACAUUCAAACUAAUUUUGUAACUUUUCCCAUUGAAGUAAUAAGAUCUGAAUAAAAUGUAACAUGGUUAUACAAUGUAAAUCUUCCUGAACACGUCUAGGUUAGUGAGGAGUUAAGAAAUCAGACAACCGCCAACUACUUUCAUACUUAACUUGAAACGUGUAGAGACAUAGCCACUGUAAACUAUUCAUGUUAAUACUGCGGUUUUGAGACAAUGCAUGGACUAUUUCUAAAACGUUUUUAUAGUAAUAUACAGGUAACUGCCAAAAUAAAGGAAACACCAACA